GAUUCCGCCCAGCAUCGCAGGUUUAUUAAUAUUGUCCAAGAAAAUGUGCACUACAGCUGAUACAAUUCUAUUAUAAUUGUGAGCCAAUAAUUAUGCUUUUGUUAAUGUUGAGUACAAUGUUAAUAGCCGGACUUUGAAAGAUAUUGAUUGACCUUAGGAUGUAAAGGCUAGAAUUUUAAGUUAACCGUUAAAACAUGUUCAUGUAUUUUGUUGUUGCAUUGCAACAACAAAAAUGCAUGAAACAAAAUGGCGCCGAUGAAUGUUUUUUUUUUUUUUAAAUACUAUUCCCCUACGCCUUUAUUUUCAUUUUUUCUUGAAAUUUUUAGCCUAGGCUACUCUUUAGAAGUGUUGAACAACUCUAAAAAUUUUUGAAAAGCUAGUAUUAUUUAUUAUAACAUUUUAUUUUGGUUUGAGUUUGACCAAUUUUCACAUGGGUCAGUCACAGUAGAUACUGUAAUCUACCACUUGACACUUGAGUAGAUACUUUGGUCAAAAAUUUAAACAUUUUGUAAAAAUAAACCAAUGGCACAGUUCAAUAGAGCUAAUUUUUUACAGAAUUAUAACACCAAAAUCAUAUUUUUAGCUGUUGUAGUUUUAAAGUUAGGAAUUUUUGAAGUACGACUUGGUUUGUCCUAUGGACUGCAUCUCCACAUUCUGUGACCUCAUUCCGCUGAUCGCGUCAUGCGCAAUGACUAUAUACUUUAUAUAAGGCAACGCAUUGCCUUAUCACUAAAAUACUGUUUAGGCUCGACUUAGUUUAAACUUUCAACUUUGGCACAUGAAUCAUUAAUUAAAGCAAACUCUUAUGAAUGAAACUCUGAGGUAGUACUACGAUACAGCCAUUUUGCAAGUGUCAUGCAGUUCGCUCAACCUAAUUUCACCAUGGGGUGGGCAACGCCCCCUUUUUAAUGGCAGAAGUUGCCAAUACUUAGGAAAUAUUCAUUUAUUACCACUAUUUACAUCUAAAUAUUUGGUAACUUGUGUUUCAGAAUGCAUUUUGAAGACAUUUAAACUUGAAUGUUUUAAUUUGAGCUUUAAAAACCCGAUGGAGUCCAUAUUAUAAACUAUCAGAAUUUUUUGUGUGCAACACAUUGUCAUUGGCAACCAUUCACAGCCACUUGCAUAAUGGCUGUAUUGUAGUACUACCUCAAAGUUUCAUUCAUAAAUAAGAGUUUGCUGUGUGCAAAAACUAUUAAACCAUUGGUCAGGGAAAGCUUUAAUUAAUUAUUCAUGUGCCAAAGUUGAAAGUUUAAACUAAGUCGACCUUAAACAGUGUUUUAGUAAUAGGGGAUGCAUUGCCUUAUAUUAACUAUAUAGUCAUUGCCCAUGACACGAUCAGCGGAAUGAGGUCACAAAAUGUGAAGGUUUCGUCCGUAGUAAAAAAAUACCAAACGAACUCACACUUUAAAUAUUCGUAGCUCAAAAAGUACUUAAGCUAAAAAAAUGAUUUUGAUUAAUUCUGGUUUCAUUUUUUUGCUUGAAAUUUGCUCUAAAUCACUGUAUGAUCAAAAAAAUUAUUUUGAAUUUCUUACUGAAGUACCUACCUGAGUAUCAUGCAUGUGUAGUAGGUACUUGAGUUUACUUAGGUACUUUCCUCCACAUUUCGUGACCCUCAUUUUGCUUUUUUUUAACACCAAUUACUUAUUUAUAAAAUGAGGAAAAAGUAUAAUAUUUACAGGGAACAUAGUUUAAUAAGAGUACUUCUAAAUAAAGCCACAAAAUAUCAGAUAGUUUUUGUUAAUAUUCUGCAAAAAUUUUUUUUUUAAAUCUUGAUUUUUUCCUUUUAAAAAAAUUUAUCAAAUAUGCUGACUCGUCACUUAUUUGAAAUUAAUUAAUUUUUUAAAAUAUUUUUUUUAAAUUUCCCAAAAAUCAUAAUAUUAAUAUUCUUUAGAUAUAAAUUUCACUAAUUUUUUGUGGACCAAGAAUUUUUGUGCAUGACACGAUCAGCGGCAUGGAGUCACAAAAUGUGGAGGUGUAUUCCCUAGUCAUAGUAAAUAAUACCUCAUGAACUCGCACUUUAAAAAUUUGUAGCUCAAUAAGUAUUAACGCUAGAAAGUUGAGUCUUGUUUCAUUUUUUUAAUUUAAAAUUGGCUCUUUCAAACCAUAAUAUUUCAACUUUUUGUUUUUCUUUGAAUUUUUUAUUUUUUACCAAAGUGCUUAUUAAAUUAGAUCUAAUAAUAAUGUGAGUGUUAGACUCAACUCAGUCAACUGACUGGAAGUAUUAUCCUUCGACUGAGCCUACUGAGAGCACACUACUAUUUUCUAGGCAGUAAGCCUAGUAUUAUCAUGACCAUUAGGGGUGUGCCGGAAUCCGAUCCGGUUCCGCCGGAUUUUGCACUAUCCGGUGAAAUCCGGUUCCGCCGGAUUUACAUGUAUCCGGAACAACCGGAAUAUACCGGAUUUCGGAAUUUGCCAGAUUUUGUGACUCACCGGAUCAUAAUCUGAAAUAAAAGUAAUUCUCUUUCCCGAAUUCCACACGAUCACGAUACAUUAAUCGAUUGUUUCGAGCGUUGAGCUUGUUUAAUGUUUAAUAUUCCGUACAUACCAGAGGCUAGAGUCAGCACCGCUAAUAGUGGCCAAUAGUGUAGGGACUUUGAUAAGAAAAUUUAAACUUUUUGUAAAAAUAAACCAAUGGCAUAGUUGAAAAGAUGUAAUUUUUUAAAGAAUUAUAACACCAAAAUCAUAUUUUUAGCUGUUGUAGUUUUAAAGUUAUGAAUUUUUAAAGUACGAUUUGGUUUGUCAUUUUUUAACAUGGACUGCAUCUCCACAUUCUGUGAUCUCAUUCCGCCAAUUCCGUCAUGCGCAAUGACUAUAUAGUUUAUAUAAGGCAACACAUUCCCUGCCUUAUCACUAAAAUACUGUUUAGACUUAGUUUAAACUUUCAACUUUGGCACAUGAAUUAAUUAAUUAAAGCUUUUCCUGACCAAUGGUUUAAUAGUUUUUGCACACGGCAAACUCUUAUGAAUGAAACUCUGAGGUAGUACUACGAUACAGUUAUGCUAGUGGCUGUGAAUGGUUGUCAAUGACAACGUGUUGCACACGGUAAAUUCUGAUCAUUUAUAAUAUGGAUUCUACCGGGUUGUUAAAGCUCAAAUUAAAACAUUCCAGUUUAAAUGUCUUUAAAAUGCAUUUUGAAACGCAAGUUAUCAUUUAUUUUGAUGUAAAUAGCGAUAAUAAAUUAAUAUUUCCUAAGUAUCGUCAACUUCCGCCAUUAAAAAGGGGGGCGUGGCCAACCCCAUGGCGAAAUUAGGUUGAGCGAGCUGCAUGACCUGCUGCGAACGCGUAGAAACAUGGCGUCUCUCGUAAGACACUUAUCCAAAUGGAACGGAACUCAAAUAUAUAUCGAAAGUACUAAUUUAAUAAUAAAUAGAAACACACAUCGGAAAAUUAAAAACUCGGAUUUUUUGGCGCCGAUUGCGAAUUCCCAUACACAAAAAGUAGUAGUCCACCUUGACUUACCGAAGUAUUUACCAAUAGUACCAAAAUCCGGGAGAAAACGGAAUCCGGAUUAAUCCGGAUCCGGCGGAUUUCGCAUAAGAAAAUCCGGAUCCGGUUGGAAAAAAUGGAUCCGGCACACCCCUAAUGACCAUGUCUUUGUACUUUGCCAAAAGUGUUUAGGCCCAUAUUCUACAUGUAACAUCUUAAUAUUUAAUAUUCUUAAUCUUGAACCAAGGCAGCAAAUGCUGUCUCCAUUCUUUAAUUUCAUCACUUAAGACAUAUAUACUACAAAUGGCAAUAGGCUAUAUCUUCUGUACUAAUUGAUUAUUCUAUUGUAUCAGGGUCGCUGGUCACUUGGCUUCUAUAAAAUAGGGUUGCAAUUCAAAUAUGGUUAGGAGUUAGUGAACUAUAUUAUUAGGCCUGUUCAAGGCUAGCAAGUUUAGAUGACUAAACAAUGUGAACAGAUUGAUGUAGAAUGUAAAGCAAUUUAUGUAGAAAAUGAUAUUGAGUCUCUUAAAGUUAAUGCUAUAAUUGAAACACAUUUUAAAAUUGAAUAAUAGUAUGGGUACAUCAACAGUACAUCUGGUAGGCCUGAGAAAAAUUAGAUCUAAACAGGGUUUGUUUCUGUUUAACUUGCUUUAUCCUAACACUAACCUAGAAGCUGGGCAUCAGAUUUAUAAUUGGCAGAAAAAGAACUAAACAGAGAUAGCAAUGCAUUAGGCUGAUGGGGAUUUAAAAGGAUACCCAAUUUCUGGAUAAAAAAAAAUUCAGCAAAUAAUUUUUUUUCUUUUCACACAAAACAGAGAGUUGGGGGGUGGCGCUGGUGAAAAUAAUAUAUUUUGUUUGAAAUCAUAUUGUUAAAUUAAGGGUGCAAAUAACAUAAAAACAUGAAAAAUUUGUUAGGGUAGGUAGGGCUAGUUUAGCCAUAUUUUUUUUUUUUGUAAAUCAGAAGCCAUACUUGUUAAUUAAAGUGUACCCACUGCUCUGUAAGACUUUCCAUGCAUGUAAUUAUAUCUAUUAAAAAAAAUUCAAUUAUCAGAUUUUUUUUAUCAUCCACCAUACUUCUUUUUUCUUCUCUCUCCAUAAAAGGUCAUGGAUAAAAAAUUUUUUUAAACUUGUAAAAUAUUUAUUAAAAUUUAUCAACAGGUGAAAAUAUUUGCCAGUUUACGAGACUUCAUUAGAAAGAAAUAGAGACUACACCUUAAAAUAAAACGAGAAAAAAAACAACAGCUAAAUGUUGCUGCUUCUAUCUUUUAAGACUUUUAAGGAUCAUGUCUCAUCUAAAACGAUCUCAUUUAUCAGCUUAUCAGGUUUAUUUAUCGUCUGAUCAUUCCAAAUCAAACCGCCAUAAACAACAUUACAUUUCUAAUAGUGACUUAUCUGACAGAUUCAGUGCAACUGAAAGUUCUAGUAGAAAUAUAAGGAAAUCUAAAAACUCUGGUUCAAGAAGUUUAAAAAAGAAUAGAAGCCUGUAUGAUUCUGAUGAAGAGGUUUUAAAAGUUUACUCCUCUAAAUCUCUUGAAAAAGGUACAGGAUCAUUAUCCAAUUCAAAGAAAAUGUAUUCAGCAAAACAUCAAAGUCUUGAUAAAAUGUCAGAUGCUCUAUCUCGUAGAAAUGAUAGAAAAGAACGAAGUUUGGAAGGGGAAGUCAAGUCCACCCAGUCACUCAUGGAUAUUGAUUUUAGUCAUGGGCGUGAUAUUUCCUCUGGCAAUGUAUCAAAAUGGAAGGAUGUAUCAUCACAUCAUGAACACUCUUCUGAAGAAGAUCAUUCAGAGAGGAGGAGUGAUUGGAAGAGUAAUCACAAGCUCAGCAAGUAUUCUGAUUCGGAGGAGGAGGAGGAAGAUUUCUGGAACAAAGAAAAGGCUGAAAGAAACAGGCGUGCUUGGAAGGAAUCUACCACUAUGACCCAUUCUUCUAGUUCGUCUAGACAUGCACCUCUCAUAGUGGAAAUGCCAGAAAGGUUGGACAGUAAUGGAAGCCGGAAACCAAAACCAUUAUUGGAAACCUAUGUUUCACUCCCAACAAAGAAACCUGUAAGCCUACUAGAUUUACCAAGCAGAGGUGGAGAUGGAUUUAAGCGCAAAAUUAGCCCUAGGCCAAGACAGACACAUCAAAAAAACAGAUCAGAGAGUAACUUGUCCAGUUCACGAAAUGCCACUUCCAAUGAAGAAAGACCACCUGGAAAAAAGCAAAAGCUUGAUAAAUCUAUAAAUGAUGCAAGAGAUAAUUCUAAUAAAGAGUCAAAUAAGUAAGUUUUUUUGUUGUUGUUAUAAGCUAACUGUCUAGAAACCCACAAAUUGUUGUUAUUUUGUUGGGGGAAAAGUCAUUUGAGCUUUACACAUUAUUCAGUUCAUGUUCAUAAUUAAAUGAUUUGCCAAAGCAGAGUUCAAAUCUUCAGCUCAUGAAGAGUUUUAACAAAACUUUUGUGCCUACUAAGUGCGAAAGAAAAUGCUUGGUGUUUAAAUUUUUCUCAGUUGUCAUCUGCAUUCCUUAACUCCUAAAAUAUAGUCAGUAUACAUUCAAGGGUUAAUGUCUUUCUAAGUAAGUUAAAUCAAAUUUUUUCAUGAGCUUCUUCUCAAUUGCUUAUAGUAUUAUUUUAUCAUUUGAUUGAUAAUGUACUGCACUUUUCAGAAUAACUAUUUGCAAGAUAAAAGGACACACUUUCCUACUUAUACCCGCAUCAUCUUCUCAAGCAUAUAUUCAUGGUCGGGCCAAGAUCACCGUUUUGCUUGGGAACGUCAACAUUCUAGCCUAUAAAUUGCAUAUAGGGACCACCUACGAUGUGUAUUCCCCUGCAUCUUGCAGUUUACUUGCCAUGAAUAUUAAUGAAACCCCUAUCGUCCAAUCAGCAGAGGUAAAAAAAGUGCUUUCAAAAUAUGGCGUACCAGAAAAUGAUAAAGAUGUAAGUAGUAUAGUUUUUUUAAACAACACUAACUGUAAGGUACAAAGUAAUUUAUGGCAAGCCUAACAUAAUGUAAUGAGCGAAACGCAGUAAAGGAAAAACUGAAAAAGGAUGCAACAAAACAACGAAAGUGUUGGCAAGAAGCACAGUAAAAACAAAAUAAUUAAAUUAAAAAAAAAAAAUUUUAGCUGCAAUGUAGUACCUGAGAGGACAGCAAGAGCAAUGUGCAGUCCACUUUUUGAAAACUUAUCCCUGGGAAUAGAUUAAAUAGAGAGAUUUUCAAAAUACUUGAAUAUUUAAAUUAAUUUAACAAGUUAAUGCAUCUAGUGAACAGCAUCUUAAUGUGCUUAACCCAAUAUUUUGUUAAAUUUAACUGUUAGAGGUUUGUUAGGUAUUUAUCUUAUUUUAUAUUUAUAUCAUAAAGAUAAGGAAAAUGAUUGACUAGCCACUUAACUUAAAUGUGUAAACCUUCAUUAAGUUUUUUAACCACAAUAUCAUGUACAUUUAUUUUACCAACAGUGGUGUCGCUUGAAUUUUAAAAAAAACAACAAUGUAAUCUAUUAAAAACUAAUAACAUACUCCUAUCAUUGGUUUCAGUUUUCAAACAUUGGGACCAAAACAAUUUCUGUUAUCAAGGUGGACAAAUUAGCAUCAGUGGUGUGUGACUACAUCACAAAUUUUAUUCCAUACACUCAGCUGUUUAGAGCAGCACCAUCUAGGGAUAUUGAGUCCUCCAGCUUGAGAGGUGUCACCCUUGCCAAAGUGGGUUUGAAGGUGGCACCACUCAAAGAAAUGGUCUCAUCAUGCAUGCAUAUGUCCCCUGAAUAUGAAGAUGUUCUAGCCCAGUGGUCCACAAAACUUUCUGAUUGGAACGGAGGUAAUUACUAUUUUAAUAAAGCAUGUGCUUAAAGUUUGCUUCACAUCUUUCAGCAACUCUUUGAGCAGAUUUCUGAUGUAUUCAUAGCAACUUAAUGAGGUUUUUUUUAAAAAUCAAUUUAAAUUAUUAGCUUUUCUUCAUGCCUAACAUAAUUUUAAAAAAUCUAAGUUCCUCGGGUAAGUUUUUGUAUUUAAAAUUUUGCCAAGUGUUUUACAUAGGCUAAAGUAAAUUCAUUGUACGUUUCAUACUUCUCAGGUCGAGCACCAAUAGUUGUUUGCUGUGGUGCCAAAAACACAGGCAAAUCUACAUUUAACAGAAUGCUCAUAAAUACAUCGCUUAAAAGGUACAGUGACUGAUUAACCUUUGAAGCUUCUGUAUGUUAGGUUGCACCAAAAAGCUUAUUGGGAUAUUGAAUGGCCUUGCUACAUACCUAUUUAUUAUUUAUUAUUUCAAUGGUUGCUUUACUUUAACAAUUCUUAUGUUAUUAAUUGUUGGUACUUUACUUUAUUUCAUUUAUAAUCACAAUUCUUGAACUAUUAUUAACAUCAUGGUCAAUUAUGUGGCUUUAAACUUUUUACUUUAGGUAUACUGUGCUGAGUCAAAUGCUAGUGCAGUCCCAUUAAAUGAAGGUCUAAUAUUUUUGUGUAAGAAAUGCAGAGCACUUGUUACCUGUAGUACAAUGAUUAGUGAACAAUACAGUGAUAAGUAACAGUACAGGGAUCAGUAAACACUACAGUGAUGAGUAAUUGCCCAUUACAAGCUAUUUCUGUUUGAAAAAAACAAAAACAUAUUCUAUCAUCUUUACCAGACUUUAAAGCUCAAGAACUUGAUCUACAGUAAAUACUUGUUUGAAGCAGACUUUUUGGGAAAUAUUUCAGCGGAAUAAGUUAUGCCCUUAUUUUAUAACUGCUAUGAUUGACUGUGUAGAGAGUAUCAAAGUACUUUUAUUGAAUAAUGAAAUCAGAUUCUCAUAUUUUACAUUAUCAUGCCGUGAGUUGAAUCUACUUUUAGAACAGGUGGAGGAACUCUCAUUUUAAUAUUGUAUUGUACCAGCACCUAACCUGCAAACUUGUUAAUUGAUAUUUAAAAUACAUAAGGCAACCUAAAAAUUUCUCUCCAAGAGAUAUUCAUUUAUUUUUUUGAAAAUGUUCAGAAUGGUUAUACUUCAGAUACGCAAAAUGAGUUCCUUUCUUAUACAUUAUACUGUAUGUUAAUUAUUAUAAGUCUUAUACUUUUACUUACACAAUAAUUAUUUGUAAAAUUCUGGAUUAAAAAAUAUAUUUUCUUUAGGUACCCUAACCGUCAUAACGUUAAUUUUAGACCCUUCCGAUUUUGUCGGAAUUAUACGGAAUUUUUACCCCUCGUUUUAACCUUCCGACAAACCCCUUAAAAUUUCAAUUUCCCAAACAUUAUAAUUUUUCACCCAUCAUAAAAAUCUGAAAACGACCAGAACAAAAAAAAAAAUUUAAAUAAAAAGCAGGUAUGACAGGAAGUGUUGCAUUUCAAUGAUGCCACUUCCUUUGUUUUUAUCGAAGCGAACCGCGAUCUCCAUAUCAUUCUUCAUUCAUCAGUUGAUCCAAUUGUUAUUCAUCCUUUUACUAGGCUAAAAAAUAAUUCAGUUGUGUUGUGACUUUUUUUUUGUUAAAGCUUUUCUUAAUUAAAUGGAUAAAUUUGUAAAGAGAUCUGCUUAUAAAGCUUUUCUAGUGACUGAGGUUGAGAGUGCUAGUGCUCCAAACAAAGAAAAAAAGUCAUAUUCAAUGUUUUCAAAAGGAGUAAUCGGAACAACAUUUAUUCCGCCAUCACCCCGUGGUGAAACAUUUGCAUUCUACAACCUGUGUCAGACCCAUGUAUCUAUUGAAAGGGGUGGGUACAAUGAUAUUAUUAAACAUAUUUUAACCAAAAAAAUAUUAAACUGCAGCUAAAAGCAGUGAAUCUACGACAUCCAUGUCUGACUUUUUUCAGGUUAAGCAUACCUUGUUCUUGUAUUUCAUUUACGUGACACAACUUGAAUGCAGUCUAUCAAUUAUUAUCUAAUUUAUUUGCUAAGGAAUCGGACAAUUCAUUCAUCAGAUCGCAAGUUUUAUUUACCACCUUUCUUAUUGAAGGAAAUACUUCUUCAGAAGUAGUUAACUCAACCAGGGGAGCUAAAAAGUGGCACAUGGUGAAAGCCUACUAAAGUCCUGUUAAACCAUUGGUUACAGCUAUGCUUCCUGUGUGCUGCAUUCCUCUUUUGUGCUUGAGAUAUUAGGGUUUGGCGACAUAAAAGAAUCAACAUAACCAAUGAGAAAAUGCUAAGACAAAGAGAGAAUUUGUCGGUUCCACUUCAAAAACAUCGACUUAAUAGGGUUUGCUAGUUAACUGCGGUCGAGUUAAGUGGGUUCGACUGUAUUUAUACCAACUAAAAAUUUUUUUUCAGUCUUGAUGCUGUAGCAUUCCUGGAUUGUGAUGUUGGUCAGUCAGAGCUCUCACCCCCUGCGACUUUAUCCCUUCAUAUUAUCAGACAGCCAAUCUUGGGUUGGUUGAUUAUUCUUGAAUAAUUUUAUAGGUUUUAUUAUCUUUAUAACGUAAUUAAAAUAUCUUGCCAGCAGCUUGUUAAGAUGUUCAUAAUAUUUUGACCAUGAUAAAAUUGCCAUUAUUUUCAAGUUACUUUAAAUUGACUAGAAGGAUGUUGAUGAUUGAUUACUGCUUUAGCGAUUAAUGAUUUAAAAAUAUAAUAAUAGAAUUUAAAGCAAACACUUUAAAAACUAUUUAGUGUUUAUAGACAGUUUUAAAUUAUCCAUGAAAUUAUGUUAGUAACAUUGUCUUGAAAAACUUAAAAUAUAUAUUCUUUUUAAAACUUUAUUUUUUUUACUAAUAUUUUUGUUAAGUAGUUCAAUGAUUUAUAUUAAUAGACAAAAAUUGUCUCUGUGGUAGCUACAGAAAGAAAAGUUAAAAUAAGAAGUUGAUCAUCCUCCUUAUAGCUUUACAUGCUUAUGUCAUGGAAAGCCUACAAUAGGGACACAAUUUAAUAAAAUAUGUUGUGGAAUCAGAAUUGUUUUCAUUAAUUUAUGCAAAUAGUAACUGAAGAUAUUUAAAUUUCCAAUAUUCUUUUGGGUGACCUGUGUGGGACCUUUGCUCUACAGGGCUUGUCGCUUCUUUUUAAUAUUUCUUUCAUGUUCCCCAGAGCCACCUUUCUGUCAUCAGAAACAAGCUGAAAAGUGAGUUAAUUUUCUUAAAAAUUCAAAUGUGACUGAAUGAAAUAGGCUUGUUUCAAAGCAUUUUAUUGAUAACUUGUCAAGUUCAUGAUAAAUCACUGUUAAUGAGUCUAUUUAAAUUAGGUUAGUUAGUUAAAGAUUAAUGGACAUAAUUAUUUUACACUCUACCUCCUUCACAAGUCAAGAUACACUACCCUGUAACAUGUUUGUUGUUUUUUUCCCCACCAUUCUAUAAUUUUCAUUUCAACUGGAACUGUAUAUUUGUGCAUUAAAUGUAUUUCAGGAUGGUAUUCUAUGGAGACACUUCCCCAACCCAGGAUCCAGGCCUAUAUAUUAAGUGCCUGAGACAUGUAUUUGAGACAUACAAAGAGCUUAGCCCGAGUCACCCACUAAUAGUCAACACAAUGGGAUUUCCAGAAGGUAACUUUUUAAAAUAAAUUUUUAAACUACUCUGAAUACAUUUUAAGCACAAGCUAUUGCACAGAUGGACACAUUUGGAAUUAUUUAGGAGCUAAAAGACAGCACACUCUUUGUCAUAAAAUGCUUUUAGUUUAAACUCGAGAGAAUAAAUGCACAAUUUUAGUAUAAUGAAAAAAAUCAGUGAAUUGGAAUUGGAGAAAUAAGAUGAUUUAAUCACAUUAAAAGGUGCAUUGUUGAGUUCAAUCCGUUUUGAAAAGGGUGUAAGUUGUCUUGUUGCAUAAGCUCCAUAUAUUGGCUCUUUUCAUGCAGAAAAUUUUCACUAUUCACUGACAUUGCUUCACCAGAAUACCAAAUGGCGUUAGUUGUACAAAAGGUAGAGAAAAGUUUGAGCCUUCGAUAAGGAAAAUGUUGAGACAUUUUAUUUAGGAAGUGUAACUUGACCACCUUUUAUCUUCAUUUAAAUUAUAAUACCACGUUUGUGUGUGUGUGUGUUUUGUGUGGGGGGGGGGGGGGGAUAAACUUUUUCAAAAGUUUAAGUUUUUUUUUUUUUACAAACUUUAUACAAAUGUUAAGCUUUUUUUUAUUUACCUUAAUCAAAGAGGGCAAUAUUACAUAAUGUGGGUCGCUAGAAAAUAGGAUAUGUGGAAGAGCAAUUUUAGGGAAUAAUAAAGAAUAUUUUGGUAAUUAUGAAAUAAAUUGAAUGUGAGGCAUAGCAUUGUUUUUGGGUGACAAUUUUAAUGUAUUCUGGAAGUACCUUAGCCGUUCUUAAGAUAUAUUAAAUUUAUAAUAUGCCUUUUCAAAAAACACUAUGUGGGUCACAUAGUGAGUGCAUUAAUAAUAAUGUAUUUUUACUUUUGUAUAAGUGCAAGAAUUGAAAAAGGGAAAUGGGGGGGGGGGGUAGAAAAGGUUGAGAAACCCAGCUUUAUAUUUAAAUAAUUAUUUAUUCAUUAAUUGCACAAUGACACAAAUAUAGCACUAUUAUUAGUAAAAGCAUCGGAGUGCAUCAAUGAACAAAUGAGAAGAGAAAAACUCAUAUAAUUAUAAUUUUCAUUUGAGACAUUUUUUCCCUUCAUUGUUGUGAACUUGCUUUGUGUCAUUUACUUCAGUUCAAAUACACAUCUUUAGAAAUUAAUAAGCCUCAUAUUUAUGUAUUGUUUUUCUUCACGUUAACAGCUAUCGGGCUGAUGCUGCUGAUCGAUACAAUGAACAUUGUAGAGCCUGACCUGGUGAUCCAGAUUGAAAGCUUUAGCCAAGUGUUGAACUACCCUGCAAUAACCCAUGACCUUGUGGCCCUAGAUGAAGGAUGGAGCUACAACAAACUUCCAGUACUUGGUCUUUUUCAUCAGCUUUUACUCUCCUUGGCCCAAACUGGCGGCUCAGUCCUAAAAGCAAAAUGUGACUCCACUUGCUGCCAGACAAAGUUCAACCAUGAAAGCCCCUAUGGUCCCAAAACCCUUCUGUAUCUAUUACUUCAAAUAGCCUUUUUUAAGAUUCAGGCUGUUUUUGUCCCACCCAGUUCAGUGUACCCCAUCCUUAUAUUCCCUUUGUAUGUUUGGACCGUUAUCUCUCACUUCAGUGUAGCCGUGAGGAGACCUGAUUGAAUCUACUUGAAAUCUGUUUGUUUUACCUGGCAAGGUAUCAAAUACUAAAGAAGCCGAAGGUAGAAUCAUGUCAGUUGUGAAGUUUGACACAUGAAGAUGUAAUCAAGGAACAAAGCUCAAUUGCUCCUCCUCUUCACCUAAAACCCUGUCCUAAAAAUAAGUAUCUCCCUGACCCUCACAACCUAAAUGCCACAUAAUCCUAGUCCCAAUAUGUGUGAGUAUGUCCUGGUAGCUGACAGGUCAAUGGAAUCAAGAUGGUGGCAGCUGCAUCUUGCUAAUGGAAUCUAAUAAAACAAGUUAACCCUCAUACUUUGCAAGUUAAAUUAGCUAUAAAAGCUCAUCUCAACAACUUGUUUUCGAGGGAUAUUGCUCAUAGGCAACUCAAGCGGAGAAAAUAAUAAAACGUCACCCUGUGAAAAAUACCCAUCACCACCAGCCCCACCUCCUUAUUCCCUUAGGACAGUUCCUAUGUCCACAGAGAAAGCUUUUCAGCCCCUCUUAUUUUGAAAACCCCAAUAAUUGAAUAAACCCCUCACUUGAAGUCCACGUUAUGUAAACCAAACCUGACAAGUUCCAUAAGUUUGACACUUGACCUCCUGUGGUCCUGAAUAUUUCUUUUGUAUGCAUGCUCGCCAAGUCACCAGUCAAGACAUUGCUCAUGACAGUAGUUGCUCCACAAGCUGAGUCACCACAAGUCUUUGAGCCACAUGCAGGUUACCUAUCCCCCUAUUUCCCCAAGUGCUGAUGCACAUUAAAUGCCCAUGUCCCACAUAUCCCAUUACUAAACAGCUCACGUCGGUGGAGGUGUCUCUCAAGGUAGUUAGUCAUUUUCAAAUUUUUACUGCACAUUUUUUUCUCUCAUGAUUUUUUAAAAUAUUUUUUUUUAUGAGUUUAAAAAUUAAUUCUUUUAUUUAACUGUUUGAAUUGAACUAAGUUAACUAUUUUCUAAAAUAAGAACACUUUCUCUUUGAAUAACAAGACCUAUUGCUUGCAUGUGGCUUGGUUUUUAAUACAGUUUUUAUAACUCUGUGCUCACUGUUUUGUCUAGAAUGGCUGCAAAAAAAAAAAAAAAGCAUAAGAAUUUCAUUUUUUAAAAAUAUUAAUUCCACUAUGCUUUUCAUUUUUUUUUUUAAAUCUCACAAUAUUCAUAUUGGGAUAUGUCAUUUGGGACACAGAUAAAAUUUUUAAUAAAGUUUUUAUAACUCUGUGGUCACUGUUUUGUCUAGAAUGGCUGAAAAAAAAAAAAAAAGCAUAAGAAUUUCAUUUUUUAAAAAUAUUAAUUCCACUAUGCUUUUCAUUUUUUUUUUUAAAUCUCACAAUAUUCAUAUUGGGAUAUGUCAUUUGGGACACAGAUAAAUUGAGGAUGGAUGAGUUCAGGUGUAUUAGAGGUGCCUCAGUUGCUAUGUCCAAAACAUCUGUUAGACUUCUAAAAAUUUGACCAGCAAUAUCUAUUGCAAUAUAAAAUGAGUAAAAAAAAGUAGGGUUCAACCUGAAAAAAGGGAAGCAACAAAACAACAAACGUGUUGGCAGAAAGCCGACAAUAUCUAUUGCAGAAUUUUAAUAAUAGUUUUUUUUGUUAUACAUUUAUGAAGUUGCUUUUAUAUGUCAAAUGUUCACUUUUUUUUUCAAAUCCAUAAUAAAAGAAUCAAAGUUAAAACCAUUUUUAAGAUAAAAUAUAAACAUAACUGCGAAUGCAUUCCCUUUUAAACAAAGUGUUUUGAAGUUUGGUUGUUUUGCUCUCAUGGUAUAUUGAUUCAAUAUUUUUAGUGUUGUAUAAGUUCACUAAGACUUGGAAGUCAAAAUUAUAUUCUGCUUUGAUAUUAUAGGAUAAUAUCUUUUCCUUUUUCAGUGGGUUUAACAAUUUCUGUGCAGUUACAUGAUAUUUAUUCUCUAUUAAUCUUGUUUGUCUACUCUGCAAACAAAGCAUUUGUGAAAAUAUUUUUUUUAAUUUCAAAUUUUAAUCUAAUUUUAUUUUUUUUCAAAUUCAGUUUUUAUUUUAAAACUUAUUUAUUUUACCUAACUCACUUUUUAAAGUUGAGUUAACACACACUUUUACAGUCAAUGGGAGAUAACACACUUUUAAUGCCAAUGGGAGAUAACACUCUUUUAAUGCCAGUUUGGGGGAUGCCAGAGCUAAAAUAUCUGAUGUGUGUUUCUGUUGAUUUGUUUAGGUUGAGGAUCCCAGCCAAAAGAUAUCGGAGACCCACGCUCAUAAGCUGCUUCUAUUGUCCACACUUGUCAGCCAACGAAGAGAGUAAGUUUACCUGUUUACCUCAAGGUCUGCAUGGUGUUAGGUUGUAAUCAGUGAAGUAAAUUAGAUUUUUUUUAUCUUUCAGUAAAAAGUGCAGCAAGAAUUGUCUUGUCACAUUGUUAACUAAUUUCAUGCUAAUGUCAAGUCUUAGUGUCUUCCAAUUAUCCCCAAGUCAUACUGUCAUUCUCUGCUAGGUGUCAAUGUAUUUCUAAUAUUAUGUCAUAUUGUCUGCUCUGCUAGAUUUCAAUGUAUAUCUAAUGUUAUCUCAAAUAGAAAUUGUUUAUGUUUUGUUGCCUCUGACUUUCAAGGGGAAAAGCACUAGACCAGCAUAAUUCGCGCAAUUAUUUUAAUAAACCCUAAGCAUUCUUAACCUGUGGCUCUAGUAGCCUUGCUUCAUCUGUUCCUGAGCUCUACUAGAGUGAUGGUUACUAUAUGCUAACUUGAUUCAUCUGUUUCUGAGCUCUACCACAGUGAUAGUUACUAUAUGCUAACUUGAUUCAUCUGUUUCUGAGCUCUUCUACAGUGAUGGUUACUAUAUGCUAACUUGAUUCAUCUGUUUCUGAGCUCUUCUACAGUGAUGGUUACUAUAUGCUAACUUGAUUCAUCUGUUUCUGAGCUCUACUAGAGUGAUGGUUACUAUGUGCUAACUUGAUUCAUCUGUUUCUGAGCGCUACUACAGUGAUGGUUACUAUAUGCUAACUUGAUUCAUCUGUUUCUGAGCUCUACUAGAGUGAUGGUUACUAUAUGCUAACUUGAUUCAUCUGUUUCUGAGCUCUACUACAGUGAUGGUUACUAUAUGCUAACUUGAUUCAUCUGUUUCUGAGCUCUACUACAGUGAUGGUUACUAUAUGCUAACUUGAUUCAUCUGUUUCUGAGCUCUACUACAGUGAUGGUUACUAUAUGCUAACUUGAUUCAUCUGUUUCUGAGCUCUACUACAGUGAUGGUUACUAUAUGCUAACUUGAUUCAUCUGUUUCUGAGCUCUACUACAGUGAUGGUUACUAUAUGCUAACUUGAUUAUUAACUUACCUUUUUUUUAAAAAAAAAAAAAGCUUCAGCUUUAAACUCAAGCCCGUUGAUCUGCGCAACCUUUCUUUGCUGUCUGCCUUGUCCAGUGGACUAGAACGGAGCAUGACCUUGACAUCCUCACCCCCAUUCACAGUUCCAUACAAACUGCUCGGAAUCCAUGUAUGCCACAACAGAGUGGUGCCGGAAGAAAUUCUGAAUGCUAUAGACGCCAGUGUUGUGGCACUGUGUGUUGCUGACCUCUCACUGGUAAAUCUCAACAUUCAGUGUCUGUUUAAUCUGUCACACUUUUAUUUAUUAUGUGAUUUUAGCUCUAAAAAAUAAAAAUAUUGUUUAUCCAUCAUAGACAACGCUAUCUCUUCACUGUUCAAACUUCAGCUUUUGCAGUUAUUGUAUAUUUUGAAUCUGCUCUGCUUCUAGUAAUCAUGGCAAGUUUUAUAAAAAUAAUAUGUCUUAUAUUGCUUUUAGAAUAGACAUUUUUUGUACAAAAAAAAUUUAUGUUGAAAAUUUUAUUUUCAAAUAAGAAAAUGAGGUACCAUAGCUUAUCAGUAAACAAAUACAUUUUAAUUAAAUUAAUUUUUUUUAAAGGCUAUUAAAACUAAUGAUGAGCUGCCGUUGACCUUUGAUGAUAUGCCCAUAUGUUCUUGUCUGGGAUUAGGUAAUUUUUUUUUUUCCUUUCUAUUUUAAAACUUCUUUCUCUUUUAAAAUAUAUAAUAAAAUAAUGAAAGAUAUUUUAAAAUGAACAUAGAAGUUAAAUAGUUAAAAAGGGAAAGUAAGAUAUAGAUAUAAGAAAGAAGGUAAUAACAUUCCUCAUCAAGUUUUUUUUAAAUGUAUGUUCUUAAACUCGAAAAAAUUCUUAUGAAAAUUAGAUGCCUUAAUUUAUUUUAUUUCUCCUCUCUGUCUUGUCACAUAUUUUAAAAAAUCAUUUAAGAUUUUGUUAUAUUUUUAAAAAAAAUAAGCGCAAAAAGCUUCCAUUUAGUGAUCUAGUAACAUAACACCCAGAACCUUACAAAGUUUUAAGGAGCAGUUAAAUGGCAUUUUAAAAACAUUGAGAAAUCUUUUAAAAUUUUGAUUGGCAUUGUUUUAAAACCUUGAAUAUUUGGUAAUCUUUGCUUGUAUGUGUGCGUCUAUCAGGUAUAGUUCGUGGUAUUGACACAGCCAAAGGACUGCUGUAUAUUGUGACACCUCUACCCAAAGUGAGUCUCCGUAAAAUGAACACCAUACUGAAGGGCUCACUUACACUGCCUGAUCAAAUCAUAUUCAAACAGGUCAGCAUAUUUCAUUAUUACUCAUCUCAUUAGGAAAUUAGAUUUUUUUUAUCAUUAAAUUAUCCAUUUGGUUAAAUCUCAUUUAAUAUUAUCUCUUCAAUAAAAUUACCUUUGACCUCAAUGAAAUUUAUCGAGUUGUAAAGAGUGUUUCUUGUGUUCUCCUUAUAGAAUUUGAAGCAAAUGAUUUUGUUGCACUCCCACCAGAAGGAUCAUGUUGCUAAAUUUUAUCAAAAUUUUAUUUUGGUUUGAUCAAAUAUUUAUUUUAUAUUGUAGAAGAGUUCAAGUCCAGUUCCUUAUGUAGAUGCCCUGGCACGAUCAACUGCUGUUGCCUCAGUCAGACCAAGAGCUCGAAUGCCAAGAUUGUCUCUUGGGAAGCAGUGAUUUUUCACAAGGACACCAAUGUGUGUCAAUUAGGGUAUCAAUGAUUGUUCAUUUUAAAUAUUAUUUUAUGAAAAGGUGUGGACAAGGAAAUUCUGUUUCCAACUAAAAAAAGUUUUUUUGUUUGUCUUAUCAGAACUGAAUAAGCUUAUGUUAUUUUCAAAAAUUAAUUUGAUGUUGUCAGUUGUUUUCAUCAAAAAAAGUUAAUAUUAUGUUUUGCAUUUCUCUAAACGUGACAAAUCGUUAAAUGUGUCACAAAUUGUCAAGAAUGCAAGUUAAUUUUUAAUUUUUCUGUAAUAAAAUAAUUUUUAAUUCAUUUAAUUCAUGUCAUUGUUCUCUGCCAUUUCACUGAAAAUAAUAUUUGCUAUAUUAUAUGGUAGUGAAAUUAUUUUGUCCAAUGCAUUUAAUAUAAAUAUAAUAUUUUAGAAAAGACAACUGGGUGUCAAUCAUUAAAUCUACCAAUUUAUAAUUAUUUUUUACAGAAAAAGAAAAAUGUUAGACCUAUAUUGGUAUAACAUGAAAAAUUAAAUUGUUGCUUUAAAAAAAAUUAUUAAAAAAAAUUAUUGUUGAUAAAAAUAUUAUUGAUUUAAAGUGACAAGAAAAAUGGUGGGUGAGUUAUAUAUGCAUAAUAUAGCCCCUACUGUAGUUUAAAUAGUAUCUCCUCAGAUCAGUGGUAUUAUUAGGUUUUAUACUACUUCCGAUAAGAAUACAAAGUAUUGUGUAUUGUAUUGUGAAUAUGUGUUCGGGUUGUGGAUUCUAGUCCUAUGGUCAUCCCUUACCGCCACGACAUAUUUCUUUGGUCCCAUCUUGUUACUGUUGUCAUAAGAGUGUUGGACUGCGAUAAAGCUUUAAAAUAGAUUAAAUAGAUGUGAACAAUUUGUGAAAUAUAACAUAUGUUAAGCUUUAAAAAUAAUUUUACAUAAUACACAAGUAAACAUUUCUAUUUCAGCAUAUGCCUUCAUCAGUAUAACAACAAAAAAUUUAAAUAAGUAUUAAUUAAAUUUACAAAAUAAAUAAAUAUAUAUAUAUAUACGUGUAUCCUACCUAAAAAAAAAAGAGAAAACAAUAGGAGUGGGCACAAAACCCAGACAGAACAAAGUAAAGAAGAAUGGAAAGGAAGUGAUUUGAAAUAAAAUGUUAAAAAAAACAAACGGGAAUAGACUCGGAAGCUACGCAAUCAUAUUUGUGAGAAUAAGUUAAUGUUUAACAGUACAUUACAAAAUUUACUAUUGCCGCUUCACAAAAAUUGAAAUUCCUGAUUGAUCCGCUUAGCAAUGUUAUCACAUCCAAAUCCAACUAAGAUACUAUUAACAGAUUUUUGAAAUGUUCAUCUCAUUGUAAAGGUUUUUUGAGCUGUUGUGUUAAAAGAAAAUAUUGUAUGUGGGGAGAAUGGUUGCAGCUAAUAUUGUAUACAGGGAGAACGGUACUGCUAAUGUCUUAUGCGGGACAAUAGUACAGCUAAUAUUGUAUGUGGGAGGAAUCUACAGCUAAUAUUGAAUAUUGUACGUGGGGAGAAUGGGUACAGCUAAUAUUGCAUGUUGGCAGUAUGGGUACAGACUAACAUAUUUAGCAAGUAAAGGAGAUUUGUGUUCAUCCAAAGAUGGACUAGCUGUAAUUCCUGCCAAGUUUAUAGUUAGAUUUUGUUACAGAGAUAAACAAACCAUGACAGUUAGGUGAUGAAGCAAAUGGUUUAAGCCUAUAGAAUUCAGACUUAACUUUAAAUGAAAUCUUGCUGACAAUUAUUCCCAAUUAGGAAAAAUGCUGACUUUGCAGGAUAGGAGUAAUAGAAGAAAAUCAAACUGAAAUUUUGAAGUAAAUUAUGUUUAACUGCUUACUUAUUUAACCAUGUUAAAUAUUGUACAUUAUUUUCUUGUAUAUUUUUAACUUUUGAUGUUUACCAACUUUUACAUUUUUUCUUUCUCAAAGAUGUCAGUAACUGUAUUGAAUAUAGGUCAUCACUGAGCCAAUAUCAUUAUCGGUUUCCAUGUUAAAAUUUCUUUAAAUUUGAACUGACAUAUUUGAAGUAAACUUGUCUCAUACUAUCUCAUAUAGUUUUAGUUCAUGCUUUUUUUUCCUAUCUAAAUCUCAUCUCUCCGUUGUGCACAUCAAGAAGGCUAUAUUGGAGAUAUUUGAUAUCAAAGUUGAAUAAGAUUUGAAAGCAAGUUUUUGUGAUAUAAGAAUACUGUUAAAAAAAUAUGUGUGUGUUGACUGAUGUAAUGAGUGGACAGAGUCAACCUUUCAUUUGUAGUUUUCCUAGAAAAUAGUGGAUGGAUACAUUCUUAUGUAAAUCACAAAAAGGAACUGAUGCGUUGUGUUCAGUAGAUUGGUUGUGAUCUAUGAUGGAAAUUUAAUAAUUGUUCCAUUUUAAUUCAAGAGUACUCUUGGACUCAAAGUAUUUGCUAGCAUGGUCACUUUUAUAAUAAUAUAUAAUUUUUGUGUACUCAGACAGCAUGCUGAUGCUGAUAGUAAUCCCUUGUUAUGAAUGGGACUGCAGGUUGAAACAAACUGUGUUUAAAACAUGACUCGAAAACUAAAAUAGCAUACAAUGUUGUACCUCUAGUACAGGUACAGGG